UCUCUCUUAAUCCCUAUAAGUAACCGAUCCACCUUUACUCCUCUUCAUAUGUACAGUCGAUCCUUCUAGAUCUUAUUCUAUUUUGACUGAUUGCUCUCUUAUUUCCCAUAUAGUAUGUUUAUCUCCCUUGAAUUUUUUUAAUCUGUGUUUAGUUAUGUUUUAAUUCUUUUUUCGGUUAAUUUUUUUACUAAUCUUCCAUUUAUUAAUAGGUUUGGCUUGUAAUAUUGCAUGGAACUGGACUAGAUUUUGUAAAACGAAUAACUAAUAAAUAGUAUAUUUCUUUUAAGAAAAGUAACAUCCAGUUAAGUAAUAUGCCAAAAAUAUAUCAAAUAUAUAAUACAUUAGCAUAUAGAGUUAAAAUAUAUAUAUAGUAAAAUACUUAAAAAAUAUAAUACUAGAUAAUUGUAUUUCUAAGACUAAUCUUCUGAUAGAUCUAUAAAGGUUUUUCUAGUCUCCGAACUUUUCAAACAUAUUCAAUUUAUACAAAUUUUAAGAGAAAAGAAUGGUCAAUGCAACUUCGCCACUUGUUCUUCCCAUCAUCUUCCUUGUUUUGUUUUCCUUAGGUACACACUUUCAUUAAGAUUUAUUCAUAAAAUUAUCUUCAUCAUUUCUUUUUCAAAAGACCGUUAUACUAUUGUCAGAUCUAUCAUUGACAUAGUCCCCAAUAUUGUAGUUAGUUAUGAUGUUAACCGUUGGUGUAUAUUUAUCUUUAUACUUCACUUGUGCUAAUGUUAUUUAAAAAUAUCGAUUAUUAUUUGCUAUAAUUUUCAGAUUUGGGCAACUAUUCAUCGCCACCUUUUUUUUUAUCGCCACAUAUAACAAAUAUUGUAGUUCAGUAUAUUUAUUUUCUUUAAUAGUAGCGAACUUUUUUGUUAUCUGAGAAGAUAUGAAAUAUGGCUUUGUUUGAUAUAGGUGAACAGAGUAUGGGAUCCAAAGAGUGCGCAAGAAUACUUGGGCCGUGCACAAACCACCAUUGUGAUACCCCGUGCCCUGAUAUCUCAGACUGUGAUCGGGCAUGCAAAAAUUAUUUUUCUGGACAUAAUGCAAGUGGUCUCUGUGACCCCCAAGUAAGAAUUGUAUGUGCCGAUAUGAUUACCCUUGUGUACCGCCUGGUAUGUGAUUUAUGUACUGUAUCAACUUUAUCCAAAUAUGUAAGUACAAAUAAGAGCAUAAAGUAAUGUCAAGUUUCGAUAGAGCACACUGUGCUGCAAUGAUUAACAUUUAGAAAUUAACUAUCAAAGAGUACAUCAAAUUGAUCAAAAGAGGAAGUAGAGGAAGUAGAAAAAGCUUGUAUCCUUCUCUAUUUUGGUUGAAAACAGAAUAUAACAACCUUUCAACAGGAGGUCGUUUUCAUCAUCUCAAUCCCAACUUAACCAAGAUGAACUGGUCAAUUCUUCCGGUUAACAGACGAUUCCAAUUUAAAACUGAUACGGUCUUUACCAAAGACGAGCCAUAGAUCUUAUGUAUACAUGUGGGUUUCUCAUGGUCCAUUAAAAUCGCAAUGGACAAUCACAAUUUUUUAGAUGAUAAAAAAGAUAAUAAAAUCAUUUGGUUAGUAACUUCAUUGAAGUUUUCCGGUGAAAUGACUUGGUCAGAUCUAAGAAGUCAAAACCCAAUUCGUCAAGUGACAUGCGAUAGCUUAUACGCAUAUACAAUUUGAUUAUGACGUGGACGACCUAAACAAAAAGUCAAAAUAUCCAAUCUGUUGACCGUUAACGCCUUUUAAACCAAACUCGAAUUUAUCUCCAUACGUACAAGAGAUCUUGACUGUCCGAUUCUGAUUGAUUGAAAUCAAUGAACGCUUCACAAAUCAACGUUGCCUCCGAUCAAUUCUGCUCUCUAGAACAAGAUGCUGUUGAUAUGACAUUGGAAGAUCAGGAAGAUGCAUGUAGAGAUGCGAGUUGUGAUAAACAUAAGUUCUCUAUGGAGCAGAGAAAGCUUAUCCAAGUGAUGAAUGUGAAGAGGAAAAGAGACUUUCUUUGCUUGGAGAAAGUUAACGGCGAGAUGGUUAACAUACUGGAGGGACUCGAAUUACAUACCGAUGUUUUUAAUGCAGCGGAACAGCAAAAGAUAGUUGAUAAAGUGUGUGAGCUACAAGAGAAGGCACGUAAAGGAGAACUAAAGCGUGCAUUUACUCCUAAAGGAAAAGGACGUUCAGCUAUUCAAUUCGGUUGUUGUUUCAACUACCGAACAAGCAAAGCUGGAACCCCGGCUGGGAUUCUUAGACAUGAAACUGUUGAACCAUUACCUGCUCUUUUCAAAGUGAUCAUUAGAAGGUUGGUUGAAUGGCAUGUUCUGCCUCCAACUUGUGUACCUGAUUGUUGUGUCGUCAACAUCUAUGAUGAAGGUGAUUGCAUACCUCCUCAUGUCGAUAAUCACGACUUUCUUCGUCCAUUCUGCACCGUUUCUUUCCUUAGUGAAUGCAAUAUCCUCUUCGGAUCAAACCUAAAACUUGAGGAAAACGGUGAAUAUUCCGGUGGUUCAUACUCAUUACCGCUUCCAGUUGGAUCAGUGCUUGUGUUAAACGGCAAUGGAGCUAAUGUAGCUAAGCAUUGUGUACCUGAAGUUCCCACAAAAAGAAUAUCAAUUACAUUUAGAAAAAUGAACGAGUCAAAACGUCCAAUCUGGUUCACACCAGAGCCUGAUCUGCAAUGGAUACAGCCAUUGCCAUUCGAGCAGGAAUCGUCUAGUUCAUCUGACCAUGUUUAUUAGUUUCUGAAAAUGUGCAACUUUAAGUAAAUUUCAGUUUGAUUUGUGGUUAUAU